AUGUCCUCCACCUCCUCGGAAGGCCUGAAGCGCCGGCGUGAGGAGCACCAACUCGCCGUGCAGCAAUAUUGUGAUGACCCGCGCCGCCAUCGGUACCCUCGCAUUGAUGCGUGGUCAUUUGCAAUCAGCGGCAACCCCUCGUAUGGGGCUAGCCAUGAUGGACGUGCAGACGCGGAGGGGACGCAGACAGACAGCUGCGUGCACGUAUCGUCGUCGAUAAGGGUGAACUGUGGAAGCAGCAUUACGACCAACACGGAUCGCCACCUCUGCCCCUACGCUGCAUCAGCGCACCCCGUCAGUGCCUCGUUGGCCCUCUCCUCUGCGCAGUCGUCGUCACUCCCGCCGCCGUCGUGUCGGUCAGCACGGCGUGCUUGCGGUGACAGCGAGAUGACGCUCACGCUUCGUUCAAUCUGCAUCUGGGUCGUGCGUGGUGACAGCAGCCGGCGGUGCUCCUUCCUCGUUCAGCCGACGUUCGUGUACACUUGGCACUGCAGCAGCACAUCUUGCGAAAGCGCUGGCGAGGAGCAGGCAGGUCUCGAGGUACAGGAAACCGUGAGGUGUCGAGUCAGCUCAUCCACUGCGACACGUGGCAAUAGCGCGAAUGUCAUGCGGACGACGGCCAUGAACAGAACCGCGCCCUUCGCCGUUGGUUCGCCAACAGCACCGGGACCGGCUACGAUGUCCGGCCUCUUUGGAGGGUCUUCCAGUCCUCUCUGCCACAACGAGGAGGCGUCGAACCCGGCUGUCACGUCCAACAUCUCCGACGACAUCUUCGCGGACGGCUACUCCUACGAGGCGACACAGAUCUCACGUUGUCGCUCUAUCCCGACGUGUUUGUCAGGACUAGAGGAGUGCGCCAGCAGACUGGGCAGCUGCACCCCCGCCCUCUUCGUCGACUGCCUCAUCAAGUGCGCGCAGGAUGAAGCGGCCGUCGCCUUGGAUGACCGCCAUGGGUGGGUACACUUGUAUCGCGGGCGCCAUAUCGCGACAGAGGCUGGGCGUACACGCCUUUUGAGGGACGUCUUCGCUCUUGGCGACUUUGGCACCGUAUCUGCUAACUCCAUAUCGUCGUGCGACGAGCUGCCAUCGCUGACCAUAUGUGUGUUCCGCAAAUGCUGA